AACGCGCAACCACACUCUGCAGCAGGGCUUGCCAACCUGUCCCCACACCGGGGUGACCGCCGGUUAAACUACGGCAGAUCGAUUCCAAUCUCAGCAGACCUCUAAUCGGUUAAGGAAGUCCCUUCGCUCCGGCGUCCAGGGGGUGUUUGGAAGCUACCGCCCUUAGUCCGGACGCCCGUGGGGAUACGUGCGCCCCGGCUGGCCGCGAGCGUGGGCACGCUGGGCCCUUUCCAGGCGCACAGCUGGACGCGCUCCUGACCCUUGACCCCCAGCGUCCACAGUCUCCCCCCUCCCUGGAGUUCGAAAUGCUUUACUUGAUCGGCUUGGGCCUGGGAGAUGCCAAGGACAUCACAGUGAAGGGCCUGGAAGUUGUGAGACGCUGCAGUCGAGUGUAUUUGGAAGCCUACACGUCAGUCCUCACUGUAGGGAAGGAAGCCCUGGAAGAGUUUUAUGGGAGAAAAUUAAUUCUUGCUGACAGAGAAGAAGUGGAACAAGAAGCAGACAAUAUUUUUAAGGAUGCUGAUGUCAGUGAUGUCGCAUUCCUUGUGGUUGGUGACCCAUUUGGGGCUACAACACACAGUGAUCUUAUUCUGAGAGCAACAAAGUUGGGAAUCCCAUAUCAAGUUAUUCACAAUGCCUCCAUAAUGAAUGCUGUAGGCUGCUGUGGUUUACAGUUGUACAAAUUUGGAGAAACAGUUUCUAUUGUUUUUUGGACGGACACUUGGAGACCAGAAAGCUUCUUUGACAAGGUGAAGAAGAACAGACAAAAUGGCAUGCACACAUUGUGCUUACUUGAUAUCAAAGUGAAGGAACAGUCUGUGGAGAAUCUCAUCAGGGGAAAGAAGAUCUAUGAACCUCCUCGGUAUAUGAGUGUGAACCAGGCAGCCCAGCAGCUUCUAGAAAUUGUUCAGAAUCAGAGAGCUCGUGGGGAAGAGCCAGCAAUCACUGAGGAGACACUCUGUGUUGGCUUAGCCAGAGUUGGCGCUGAAGACCAGAAGAUUGCAACAGGCACUUUACAGCAAAUGUGUACAGUGGACUUGGGGGAACCAUUGCAUUCUUUGGUCAUUACAGGGGGAAGCCUGCAUCCCCUGGAGAUGGAAAUGCUGAGUCUCUUCCUUAUCCCAGAGGCCCAGAGUAUUAAUGGACUCUGACCAUGGACAUUUUCUGUUGUCUCACAAUUUGGUUAGAUUGGGGUGUGUUGCAUUUAUAUGACAAAUGGCAUGGGUCUGUCAUUUAUCUUGAAAAUGUAACAGAAAUGACGAAGAAGAAGCAAGUUGACCCAACAGUAUUUGGUUUCCUGCAGCAGUUUUCCCAUUUCAUCAUCAGUUGCUGUUGCAGUAUCCCUUGGCUACUUACUGGAGUGUGCACACGUGGGGCAGACCAAGCUGGGAAAGUGCGGCUGGGUAUCCACACAUUCAGAAGCCUUUUCAUAUCUGAAAUCAAUGCAAGGAGGUGCUAAGAAUAUCUUUGAGGAAACUGGAAUAUGAAUUACUUGAACCCUGUUUUUAAGGGUUUAAAGAAGCAUAAAGUACCAAGAAAAGCAAAUAAAAGAUUGCUAAUUAUUCAUA